AUGAUACCUCCUCCGGAAGACAGUGAAAUUCGGCGGCCUGUUGCUCUUAAAACCACCGGAUUGAGUGAAAGAUUAGACCCUGUAUAUAUUGGACAUCUCCCUAAAGAUUUAACCGACGAUCUGCUGAAGAAAAUACUUACGGAAUGCGGUGUCGUAGUGAAAAUAGUGCGGUCUCGUACUCCUAAGACGGACGAGCUUGCCUCGUUCGGGUUGGUGGAACUCGACAAUGUUGAGUCAGUUUGGAAGGUAAUAAACAUGAUAAAUGAUCUUGAGGUGAUUGGUAGCAAGUUGGUAGUGAAGUGCCCAGCAAAGACGCGUGAGAUGGUGGAUCGGUGGCACAAUAACAGGAGUUACCAUUUAUAUAAGAAUAAUCCAAGCUGGAGUCAGGAGCAGAUCGACGCUGAGUUUCUGGCGGCUGAGGAGCCUCUGCGAGAGUCUAUCCGGUCCACAGUCAAGGCGGUGGAGGAGGCGGUGGCCAAGGCGAAGGCGGAAAAAGAGGCUGACGACAAGGCUCGGGCGUCCCGUUUGGAAUUGAUGCGGCAGCGCCUGAUUGAGAGGAAGGCGGAGUCGGAGGAACAAGCGGCGUCCAAGAGGCAGCGUAUGGAGGAGCGGAAGAAGGAGAAGACCGCCCCUGACAGCAGCCUGCCUUCCGAGUUGGUGGCUCGACAGAAGCACCGAGUGGACGCGUACUUGCGGAAGAAGCAAGACUUCCUCAAGCAUCUGGAAGAGGCCAAGCAGAACUGGCCGAAGACACUCGACGGGUUGCGGAAGAAAGCGGAGCGACGAGAGGAAGACAUCAUCUACCGGUGGUCCAAGGCGAUUCCCAGCGCUCGGGAGGCCUGGAAUCAACUCAAGGCCGACCUGGAGGGAUACAGCGCCGUCCUCACGGUCUCUUACGCCUGCUCCAACGGCACGUCCCCGCUCUACGACUUAGAACCGAAACUGGCAAGCGAAGCCUCCCGACUGAGUACUGACUGUCAUGACAUUCCCACUGCCCGCUACUGGACCCAUAAAGUGAAUAGCGCCCGGGAGGGCAUGCGCAGGUCUGAACGAGAAGACGAGCUGUCGAAGGAAGGCGAACGUCUCAAGGAAGACGAACUGUCGAAAAAAGACGAACGUCUCAAGGAGGAGUCUGUAGAUCAGCCUUCUCCUGAGGAAGACGAACUCCCGGACAAACCUUCCCAGGAACACCAACCUUCUUCUCAGGGAAAUCAAUCGGGGAAGGAGUUCCUCUUUUCCGAGAUCGGGAAUGGGGAUUCGCCCAGUGGUGCGAGCGGCGACGCGGCCAGACUCGCCGCCAUCAAGGCCCACAUGCAGAAAGUGGACCAGGCGGCCGACUCGGAGAUCGAUUGGGCGCGUCUGUCCCGCACCGGGCUCUUCGUUGAGGGCGAACUCCGCGCCUGGCUCGUCGAACGCACCACAGAGUUCGUGGGUGCAGAGGACGCCGAGGACAUGGCCGAGUUCAUCCUUGACCAGUUCCCCCCACGAGCCGACCAGCCGCCCACAGAGGAGUCCUUGGCCACCGAAAUGCGGGAAUUCCUUGACGUGGAAACCGACCAAUUUGUUAAGGCACUAUGGACCCGAAUCAAACAAUGCUAA